AUGGCUAGCUCUGAAAACAUCGAUCCUAAAACACAUCCUCCCCCAAAAAGCCCCAACGAAAUGUUUCUCAAAUUUUCAGAUCCUUUCAACCCAUUUCGCAUCGACAAUGGUGACAAUCCCGCUACUACCUUGGUUUCAAAUCUCUUGACUGCUGACAAUUAUGACCGUUUUACUCAACCAAAUGGAUCUCACAUAUUUCAACUCAAACGGGAUCUUGCUAGCCUCUCUCAAGGUCAGGAUUCCAUUAGCACUUAUUUUGGCCACUUAAAAAUUUUAUGGGAUGAAUUGGCUAUCUAUGACCCUAUACCUGUUUGUAAUUGUGGCAAGCCGAAGGCCUUAAAUGAUCAAUAUGAUCGUGAUUGUGUCAUACAGCUUUUAAUGGGUUUAUAUGAUUCUUAUUCCCAUUCCAGAGAUCAGAUUAUGCUUCUUGAACCCCUACCCCCUUUUAAUCGAGUUUUCUCCAUGAUUCAACAACAAGAACGACAACAUCUCAUGCUUACCCAACCCUCCAAUCCUGACCUCAUGGCCAUGAUGGCUAAAGCCAACCCCUCUUCUUCCAAACCUGCCCAGAAGUUUCAUAACUUUGUAGCUCAGAAACCAACUCGUCCUUAUUGCACUCAUUGCAAAAUCCAGGGUCACACUCUUGAGAAUUGCUUCAAAGUAGGAAAUGUAACCCCACCUUUGUGUACUCACUGCAAUAUGUCUCGCCAUUCUGUUGAGAAAUGUUACAAAUUAAACGGGUACCCCCCUGGCCAUAAGCUUCAUGGCAAGACCAAAAACUUUGCUGCUAUUGUUGUUGCUCCUUCUCAAGCAUGUUUUGCUGAUGAUCAUGAUGAAGAGUCCUCUGAGACUAUGGCUCUUACCAAGGGUCAAUAUAAUCAACUACUGGCUUUGUUGCACUCUAAGGACACCAGUUUAGCCAUGGCCACCAUGUCUGUUACUCAACCUUCCCCAUCUUAUCAGCAUGUCACUAACUCUAAAGUCUCUAGUAUGGUUUCUUGUUUAUCAACCCAAACACACACCACUCCUUGGAUAAUAGACACCGGAGUAACAGAUCACAUGAUCUGUUUCCCCUCUCUCUAUUCAUCCAUCAUGGCCACUGUAUCUUCUUUAGUCAAAUUACCUAAUGGUGCAGCUGCCCCUCUUACUCACAUUGGUGUUGUUCACUUAUCUGAGAAUUUAGUCCUUAAAAAUGUGCUUUGUAUCCCCGUUUUCAAUUUCAAUUUAAUUUCUGCUAAAGAUCUUGCUCUUCAUUCUUCUUGCUGCCUUAUUUUCUCUUCUCAUUCUUGCUAUGUACAGGACAUAGUAUCUUGGACAACGAUUGGGAUGUGUGAAGUGAGGGAUGGUCUGUAUCACUUGCUGUGA